AGAGCCGGUGGAGUGCGGACGGCUGUUUUUAGGUGUGUGUGUGCUUCUUUCGAUCGCAGCGGUGUGGAGCUUGUUGCCGAAUCUUUCACGUCUGGAGGUGCAGUCGACGAGUUCGUCAGGUUUUGUGCGUGAGAUCGUCCGAAAUAGGUGGAGAGUGAAUGGGAGAAUUAUCAGAGUAAUUGGCUGUUUUUGACGGGAUUCUGGACUUGAAGCCGUUUGUUGUGCAUCAAUCUAAAAGAAAGGCUCGUGAAGCCAAAACCUACAGGAAGUAGACGUUAUAACAAUCAAAACUCACUUGGCAGGCAUUCAGAACACUAGGAAAUCUCUGUGGUACCUACUUUUUAUUGAAUGUUCAUCUUGAGCCGAAAGAAUCAGAGGUUGAAUAAGAGGGCCAGGGAUGAGUGAAAGCCAUAGCCAUGGCACUCGUUCUUUUCCAGGGACGAGUAGUUCCUUCUCCCACUAGUUACGCAUCCAUAUUGUCCUAUCACGGGCAUCUCUUCAAUGGCAGACCAUCUUCCUCGCUGUUCGAUACUCAACUACCUUGGAAUUCAGAACAUCUAGCAAGCAACAAAGAGAAGAAGCUACCUUCAUCGCGAAGCCGUUUGAACCCAUGUCGUGCAUCAACGCUACCGCAGCGACCAUUUGGGGAACAUCAUAUAUCCAGGCAAGAUAGAGCAGGAACGAAACCUGAUCUCAAUUCUCUCAAGCAAAGUAAGAACAAGCAUGUACCGGCAUCGUCGGAGUCCGCCCCUUCCUUCCCCCUCACGCGGUCGACAAGUUUAGGGCAAUCUUCAGUUUGGAGCAAUUUGUCCCCUCCGUCACACGCACCACCGACCUCAUUCCUUUCCCCUUCAUCUGACGAUGCAUUAAGCGAUAUUGAUGAUGUUGAAGCCAUCAGAAGAUCUUCCUUCAUGGUGGCACUCACACUCUGUUGUGCAUUGCAAUUGCUGUACAUCACGGAUGCAAUUAGGCUUUGGGUGACACGUUUGCGGCUCCGAUAUUUUGAUUCUCCUUUCGCUUAUGGCAUUCAUCCCAAAAGAUCAAAACUAAGCAGGGUCGGAAUUUUUUGGGACAUCGAAAACUGUCCCAUUCCGGGAGGCCUUGAUGCGCGGACGGUGGUGAGGCAGAUGCACAAGAUAGGUGAUUCUUUCGGAACAAUACAAUGUCUUCGUGCGUAUGGCAAGCUUGAGUAUCUAACUCGGCAGGCACCUAGUUUGCUGAAGAUGGGGGUUGAACUGUGUCCAGUGCCUGAUGGAAAAGAAUCUGCUGACAAAGCCAUAAUUAUGGACGCCUUGCUGUUUGGAUACGAUCAUAAACCAUGUCUUGAGUCUGACACACCGCCACUUGAGGUCGAUGCAUCAACAGGUAAUGGAAUUGUGCUGGUAACUGGAGAUAGAGGGUUCUGUGCUUUGCUGCGGGAACUUAGUAGCAGGCAGAUCACUACGGUAGUGAUUGGGAAUGGCCAUCAGAAAAUCCCUCCAAUUUUAGCACAGGCCGCAGAUUUUAGUAUUCAGUGGAAUGAAAUGAUGGAGAUCUCAGACUCUAUAAGCAGCAGCUAUCGCCACCUCAUUCGAUCUACGGAGAAAGUUAGCAUCGAGGAGGACGACAGUCUCGAGUUCCAAGGUUGGGAUGCAUCAAGUUCGUGUAAUGUUCUUCUUAAAUACGAGUCCUCAGCAGAGGUAUACGCACCAUCUAGCUGUGAAAGGUCUCAUAUUGUAGAAGAAAAUCAAGAUGUGGAGACACUGGGGUUUAGUCCUGACAAAGGAAUAGCAAGUGACCUCCGGUACAGGGAGAAAAGUAAAAGCAAGAAUGUUACAUGUGUGGAUACGACCAUCACAGAGGAUGCCCUAAGCAUUUUCGGUAGAAAGUCCGAAGACGAUUCUUUACCCAAUGGCCGCUCAUUUUGUGAAAAAUGUUUAAAUUUGAAGGAGACAUGUACAGAUAUAGGGAGCAAUAUCGAAAUUCCCGUGUCUCAAAAAGUUUGGGCUCCCGUUGGAGGCAGGGUUAGGAUGUUGCGACAUCUGCGAUGUGAGGUGGCUUUUGUUCUUGACAAAUACUGCAAGGGGAAACCGAAGGCAGCUAUGACAUUCGAGCAGUUUGAAUUACUUUAUGAAUUGGAGAUGGGGCAUCCUUUGGUUAGUUCACAUUAUGGCUUUGCAACUCUCAAGAGCGUUUUGCAGUCGAUGCCAGAUUUAGUCUCAGUGCGCAAUAUUUCUUCCGAAGCUGCUGAUUGGAGAGUAUUUCCUUAUGUCAAGAGGAAUGCCAACGAUCGUAAAUUGCGGACGAACUUUAGCAGGCAGGAUCUGCGUUGCAUUUUGUACAAAAUUCUGCAUUCUUACUGGCCGCAUGGUGUUCCCAAAGACCAAAUAAGCUCAGAGCAUUGCAAGCUGACAGGGCGACCACUGGUACUUGUAGCAUAUGAAUAUUGGAAAUUAGGUGACAUGAUUCAAAGCAUGGGAAACAUGAUGUAUGUAGACGAAGAAAACAAGCAGAUUUAUCUAGUGGAUGGCGCUCCAGAACCACGCGGUGUCCAUGAACUGGAAGAGAACGAGUGGAACUAGAUUGUGUAAAUUUAUGACAUUCUUCAUUGAAUAUGUAUCCUCAAGUGGAUAUGAAUUGUAUUAGUUUUCCACUAAAACUGGAAAUCAAUCA